AUGGGUUUGGAAGACGGAGGGCGGAUUAUCGUGGAGAUGGAGACUGUGGACACACAGGUGCAGUCGUUGCUUCCGGUGCAGCCGGCCGACGGCGGAGCCGCGCGGCCAGAGCUGGCCGGGUCGCGGCGGUCGUCUUCGCUGCAGUUGGUGGAGCAGGAGGGGGCGGGGGACGACGAAGAGAAGCCGCGGUUUGCGGCCGCGCUGGAGCCCUCGCACCCGCCUGUGAUCUCGCACAACCCGUUGUCGCCACACGCGUCGAUGACGGCGCUGCGCAACAAGAAGUCGUCUCUUCUCAUCCAUUCGCUCCCGACAGCAGUGGUGAACGAAGAUGAGGGGCGGGAGCAUGAGGGCACGCCUGCGGGUGUCGCGGCACUUGCAGGCGGCGAAGGCGGGAUGGACGGCGGCGGCGGCGAGGGUAGCAGUCUGGCACCGCCAGCAUUUACCACCCGCACGCUCGAACACCACCACCUGGAUAAGCCUAUUGCGGCACGUCUCGAUGAGGAGGCGCGAUCGAUUGUGAACUACAUAGCAGUGGAAGAUGCAGUGGACCAGGACUCGACGAGGCAUUCGAAGGAGCCUUCGACCAAGGCAGACUUCUUUGCGGCGCGGUUAGCAAGCGCGGUUGGUGAGAACGAGAUCAGCGAUUCGGAAGAGACGUUCGUGUACGAGUCGACAGCGAACUCCACCAAGAACAGCUACGAGCCGAUAAGCAGUAACUUGGUACUCACGCAGUCAUCGUUAGGUAAGCCGUAUGGCAUCCCCGCCAAGUUGAGCACGCCCAUGCUCACCAAGAACAAGAAGUUGUUGGAGAGACUUAAGACAACGAGGCACAGCUCAAUUGCGGUCAUGCCUUCUGUAAUCUCCGAUCAUGCGACUGCACCGCAGGCUGGCCCUGCGCCACAUCAGCCCCAACAAUGCGCUUCGCAGCAACAACAGACUUCCGACGAUUUGAAAAGUAUCCAUUCCAACCGGCAGCGGCGGGCUCAGUACACACAGAUGGGUCAAUCGGACAUUCAGUCUGUCAAGUCGUUCAACAAUCAACCUAUGCAUUCUCCAGGCAAACGCUUGAGCGUCCUUUCAUUGACCAAGGCUGUGGCAGAAGCCCGACAGUCACGCAAUACAUCAAACCAUUCAGGCAAACUACGCCCCACAGCUCACAAUAAUGGUAAUUCAGGCACGUUAAAGAUGAAGAACAACCAUCUAUAUCCGCUCCGAACAACGGCUUCGCGGAUCUUCGAUGCGAAUGGUGCCUCGCUUCGGCGGUACUCAGGCGUGCCAGACAACAUAAACCUCGAGGACUACGUUGAGCAGGAGAAUGGCGAGCUCACACCUAACAAGUUCACCUACCGCUCUUCCUCCGAGAUCGAUUCGGAUGACGACAACGUUUUGAACGAGGACGAAGGCCUGAGCUAUGUCGAAGAAGACGAAGAUGACGUCCAAUCCAUGUUUUACUAUCACGGCAACCCGCAGCACGCCGCAGGGCAUACUGUGAACCCCAACCAGGUGAGUUCGGGGAAUGAUAACAUCAACCACAAUAGCGAUAAGCAUAGCGCUUCCAUGAAUAACAACAACGGCUCGCACGUAUCACUCAAUCGCAAGUACAAGUCGCACUAUGGGGCUUUGGGGAAGUUCUCGCAUCUGCCGCACAAGCUGAACUACGAGCAGAACGAGCGCAUCGGGCCAGACGACGACUUAGAGGCUUUGUACUAUUUUCGCAACAACUCCUCCAACGGGAACGCGGCCUCCAACGGGGGCAGCAAGAACGCAGGCGGCAGCAGCGGCAACAACAACAACCACAGCAAGCAUUUCGACUUUUUCUUCCACCCGGAUGAGCUCUCCCCCUUGAAGUCCAAGAAGCGGCGCUCGCACACCGUGUACUCGGGCUACUACAACCCGCAUAAUUUCUACACAAAGCGCUCCACCUGGAACAAGUUCAAGAGCUUUGUCUACCUCACCUUCAUCGUGACAAGCCUCUUGGCGCUGGGCUUCAUCUCCGGCUUCUUGCUGGCCACCAACAAGGAGCUCCACGACUUCCAGAUCAAAACCAUCGACAACGUCUUGGCCUCCGCCGACGAGCUCGUCUUCGACAUCAAGGCCUCUUCCUUCAACCCCGGCUUUUUCACCGUCGGCGUACAGGACGUCAACCUCGAUAUCUUCGCCAAGACCUCCCACCUCGACCAGACCGACGCCGACGGCGACAACCGCGGCGCCGCCUUCGAGACAGUUCUCCUCGGCACCGUCUACACCUUGGAGACGCCCUUGCGCUUCCAGGGCGGCUUCCUCAGCCGCAACUACGGCGUCUCCAUGUCCGGUGUCAAGCUCCUCCACCCCGGCGCCGCGGACACCGCUGCCGACGCAGACAAGUGGCGCGCCUUGAUCAGGUACGAGUUCGACCUCAUCGUGCGUGGCAACAUGAAGUACUCCAUUCCUUUUUUCAAGAGCGAGAAGUCCGUCGUAGUCCAGGCCCAAACCUCCGUCGACCCCAACCGUGCGGACGUCCGUGCCCCUACGUAG